AAGAACGACACCAAGAAACUCUUUCCUUGUCCUCUCGAAUCGAAUUUUUCUCUGCAUAUUCGCCAUUCUCUGAAUCUUUAUUCACUGUAAUCAAUCAGAUACAACAAUCUGAGGAGAGAUGAUCAAAGCCGCCAUGGAUCUCGGCUGCUUGGACUUGGGAUGCCUUUCAGUCUCUGACAGGAGAAGCGGCACCGAUCCUCUUCAGUUUUCUUCUUCCCCUUCGAAAGCUGGGCAGAAAAAAUCACCAAGAGAGACAUCAGCUCUGAGAAAAUCACAAUCAAAGAGGUCUUCUCAACGUAAAUCCUCACCUCUUGGCUGGUUUCCACGCAGAAGAGGGGAUUCAUACUUGAAUAGGAAGAUCAAGAAGCUACAGGAGGAGGUUGGUGGAAUGAACCAGACUCUUGAUGAGACUCUUGGCGACUCAAAUCCACACUACUGCAGAAUUGUAAGAGAACAGAUGGCUGUUAGAGAGGCUGCAGGGAAGGCCAUGGAGCUCCGAAAGGCUGCUCUUGUUGAAGCGUCCUGGUCUAGAAUACUCCGAGCUGCUAGGAUACCAAGUUUCGAAGCAGAAACUUUGAUGGAGAAUGCAGAAAAGGCUGCGGUGGAAGCUUUUGAAGCCGCGUCUGCUUUGGGAGUGAUAAUGCACGAUAAACCAAACAGCUCAAGGAAGCAAUAUAAAAUCAAAUCAUCAGGAGCACAUGGAGGGGGCUCUCCUACUCAUACCGUGACAGCUUCUUUUGAAACUGCAUUUGAUGUAGAUAAAGAAGUAGCAGCUGCUGUUAAGACUGCAUUUGCUAAGCUUGCAAAUUGUCCCUCUCUCAGCAAAGCCGAGAUUCGAGAUCUUCUGAGGAAAAUCUGCGAGAAUCCUAAUCAACAUGAAAUCACCGAGGUGUCUUCAGAAUGUGACACAGAGUCUGAUUCCGAACUACACAAGGUUGAUGAGGAAGUGGCUCGAUGUGAGGAGACUUCAUCUUUCAAAAUGAGAAAUCUAAAAGUCAAGAGGCGUCAGUCGUUUGGGAAGUUAAACAGGGAGAAGCUAGUGGAUAUGAUGCUUGAGAGGCUUCAGGGCUUACAAGAAGAUCAACUCUCAAGUCUUGCCUCUAUAGUUGCAACUUGUGGUUUAAGUGAGGCAUUGGCUGAUGAAGUAAGUAAUCAGAGCCUGCAGACCACAAACAUUGAACCAACUGUUGCAGAUACUUCAACGGAUACAAGAUCGAGAAGAGAUUCUAAAUUUGGGUCUUUCCCUGAAGGAAAAACAACAAAUGAUGGAAAAGAGACAGAUAUUCCGAGUUUGGACAAGUAUCUAGUCAAGCACAUGACCAAACUUGAAAGAGAAGUCACUGAAGCCAAAAGGGCUUCAAAGGAUGUAUUUGAAAAAGGCAGAAACGUUCCACAAGGUGUUGCAAGUGAAACUGUUCCAGAUCUAGGAAGCAUCCUUGUGAAACAUUCUUCAAAGCUUGAGAAGGAGAUCGAAGAAGCCAAGAAGAACCAUGGAGUAAAUCUUAGGACGUACCAAAAGAACUCAAGCAGAAGCAAAGCGCCACUGGUUCCUGUCCCAGACCUGGAAAGUUUGCUAGUGAAGAAGCAUGUCUCAAGAUUAGAGAAGGAUGUUGAAGAAACUAUAAGGAACUGCGGGAACAUGUAUGAGAACGUGAAGAAACCAGGGAAACAAGAUGUGCCUGAAGGUUCCAGCCUGGAGAGUUGUAUGGUUAAACAUGUCUCCAAGCUAGAGAAAGAAGUCCAAGAAGCAAAGAAGAGAAACAAAGAAGAUCUUGAAGUAAGAAAGUUGGAAAAAGUUGAGAAAAGUUCUAGUUUGCUGACAGAAGAGAUGGAUAAAGAGAACAUGGAUUUGAACAAGAAAACUAAGGGGCAAGAAGAAAGCCUAGACAAGAUCUUGGUCAAGCUGGUGCAUAGAUUGGAAAGAGAGAAAGCCGCUUCAGAAGCAGUUUAUGGAAACCUGAGGAUCAAACAGAGAAAACAAGAGUCAGAAUAUGAGAGUUUGGACAAAGUUCUUGUGAAACAUGUGCCAAAGCUAGAGAAAGAGAAGCUAAGGUUCAAAGCAGAUAGGGAAGCGACCACAACUGUAGUAGAAGAGAAGGAGAAUUCAAAGAGCAACAAUGAAGAGAGCAUGAAGACGGUGAAACCAAUUCUGACCAGAAGACAAAUGAGGGAUAAAGAGAUACAAGAAACAUGGGGCGGUUUAGGUCUUGGUGAGUCAAAGAGACCUGAAAGCAAGAAAACAGAAGUUAAUGAGCAUUUGGGAGAAGAGACAAGACCGUUUCUUACCAGGCGACAAGAGAGGGACAAAGAAAUGCUGGAAGCUUGGGGUGGGUUAGGACUUGGUGACUCAAGCUUGUUAACAGUUAACAAUAAGCAUAAAAGGAAACCUGAAAGCGAGAAGAUGGAGACAGCAGCACCAGUGUUAACAAGAAGACAAGCAAGGGAUAGAGAAAUGCAAGAAGCUUGGGGUGGUUUAGACCUUGGGAACGCUAUUCGACCAAGUCUGUCAAAACUUGAAAGAGAAAAGGCUGCGUGGAUUAAAGCCGAGGAAGAAGAAAGGACUCGAGGAAACUAGUGGCACUGAACUCAAUGGAACAGAACAUAAUCUAGAAAAAUGGUAACAAAAUGUCAUUGUCCAUACGAAACUAGCUAGUUUCAAGAUUAUUGUGUAAAUUUCAGUUGGUAACACUGGAACCGUGGAACAUUGAAUAUUGUAAGAAAAUUUAUUUUGUGUGCGACAAACUUAAAAUGUUCACAUUAAUGGUUGCUGAAUAUAAGACA